UCUCACAAACACAUUUUUUCCCAACGGACAGUUUCCUAGGAACUAUUGUGCGUCUAGUGGUUUCAGUGGGAAUUAAUCAAGCGCCGGCCAACUUCCUGUUGUGAAGAGGGAACUCUGUUAAUCAGACGUGUCUGAGACCGGACCGGAAGAGCCAUGCCUUUUCUCCAUGGAUUUCGGAGAAUCAUCUAUGAAUAUCAGCCACUGGUAGAUGCUGUCAUGCGCGUAAUUGGUUUGGAGGAAGACAACAGGCAUCCCGAAAACUGGAGUCCCGAUGAUGAGCCCAGAAGAUGCAGCUCUUUAGUGGAGCUUCUGGAGCAGGAGUCCCAGUCAGAGAUGUUUGUUGAAGGCAUCAGUUAUGCACUUUUUAAGGUGGCAGAGCAGGGAUUCGCUUAUGCUGCCAAAAUCCUCCUACGCUAUGGAGCUGAUGUCAAUUUUGAAGACCCAGUGUCCUAUUACAACCCACUGCACAUAGCUGUGUUGAGGAACCGGCCAAAUAUGGUGAGGCUGCUUGCUGGACACGGAGCAGACAUCGAAAAGAGGGACCGAAUUCACGAGAGCAGUCCCUUAGAUUUAGCGAGUGAGGAGUCGGAGAGGCUGCCCUGUCUGCUCACCUUAUUGGACCUCGGUGCUGCUGUGAACGCUAGAGACAAGCACGGGAAAACGCCGCUGCUACAUGCAUUAGCGAGCAGCGAUGGACUUACUGUGCACAACAUCGAGAACAUACAGCUGCUACUUGAGAGGGGUUCUGAUGUUAGCGCUGCAACAGUCGAUGGAGAAACCGUUGAAUCAUCUUUGGUGUUUCUGGUCAAAGAGGCUCUGGAUGCCAGUGUGGAGGACGCUGCUGAGAUUGGCGGCUUCUGCUUGAAAGUCACCCGGCUACUGCUAGCUCACGGCGUGGACCCCAGCAGCUGUCUGAGUGAGGAUGGCGAGCCCUCCUUGACCCAGACAAGCUUGGAGCAGUUUGACCUGCUCUUUCCUCUGGCUGUGCUCCUGAUCCAGAGCGGAGCUUCUUUGGUGUGCAGUUAUCACAGUGACUCCUGUUGGUCAGGUUACAGCCUCCUUUUCCAGAGGCUUCAGGCAGUCCUCCUGCAGUGCUCCGAUCCAAGCCGGGCCACCGAGCUGUUGGAACAAGCUGAAGCGUUGCUGGACUUAGCAAAGGUAAACGCCCCCACGCUGCACCUCCCUCCAAGGCUGGAGCUGCCUGGACCUGGUCACGACUCACACCCUUACGCUCAGGCUCUGAUGGACCUGCACAGCCGCGUCGUUGCUCGUGAAGCAAGUCCGCCACCUCUGCGCUGCCUUUGCAGGACAUUCAUACGGAGGCGCCUACAGCCCUGGCCGCUGGAGGACAGAGUGAAAGCCCUGCCUUUACCAGACAGACUGAAAGACUUUCUGCUUCCUGAGCACACAUACGCUCCAAAGCCAGGCUGGGGCUGCUUCAAACCUCAGCAGAGCCGGCCCUAACAAUGAAGCUAUCUAUUGAGAUUUGGGGUUCAAAUAAAACAAUUCUGCCCAAAUAAAUCUGAAACACCAUCAAGGCUUUUUGUUUUGAUUCUUAUUGUCUGAAAAAUCACAAUGACAAUGCAGUUAUUUGAAAUACAGAAUUGUGUUUGUAAGAAUCCAGGAAAAACUUAUGUACAAUCAGGUAACGGACAAAAAACGUGAAGUUGCAGUACAACGCCACAACCAACAGAUGGCAGUGUUGUACUUUUACUCCAGAAAUGACUCAAAUUCUCAGUGAAGCCAAUUAAAGUUGGUCCAACUGAGUGAGCUCCAUGUAUAUUUCAGUUCCUCAGUGUGCUGGCAGUGUAUUGUGAACUCCGUGAAAUGUUUAGUUUGAUGGAAAAUUGUGCCAUUAAAACAGUUUCACCAACA